AUGAGCAACCCAAGUACCACACGGAGUGGCACCUUCCCAGAAGGGAUAAGUGUCCAGAACAUCGCAUGUGCCGACACGAUCAAGGAGCCAACACUUGAGGACGUUUCCCCGAUGCAGCGAUUCCUGGCUGAAGACCACCGGGCCCAACCGUGGCACAACCUGAGCCCCAUCACCGGUGGCAGUCACGUCGCCUCCGCCAAGCGAAGCUCCGCGACGACGACGGCAGCGGCAACCAACGGCUGGCGUCCAAGCGACGACGGUGCCCGCUGGAACCAGACUGAACUCCAGCCGUCCACAGUCCCAAUGGCCGGCAAUCGCCACGAUGCACACCAAGAGAAGCCGUCGAUUGUCCAUGAUCUGAAGUACGUCGGCCAUUUUUUCGCCGGAUGA